UGUAUUUUUACCCUUUUUUUAUAGUUGGAUCAGACCACCCUCCUGUGAUCGUUCAGGGUCCCAUCAACCAGACUGUAUCUGCGGACAGCUUAAUUGUGAUGCGCUGCAAAACCACCAGCCCUCCAUCUUCUAAAGUCCACUGGAAGAAGGACGGUGCUCCGCUGUCGUCAGGAGACCCUCGUUUAUCUGUAACAGACACAGGAACUCUUCAAAUUCACCACGCCAAGCUGGGUGAUACAGGAUUUUACUCCUGUGUAGCUUCUGGUCCAAAUGGAGAGGCUUCCUGGACGGCAUACCUGCAAGUAACAGAUUCUGAAGUCCAUGCAGUUCAUCCCGCCGACCCAAAUGGGAUUCCCGGUGCUCCUCUCAAACCAGAAGUGACUGAUAUUGGCCAAACCUCUGUCACUCUGUCAUGGAAAAGUAACCCCAGUGCUUGGGCACCACCAUCAUCUUACCUAAUUGAGGCAUUCAGGUUAGUUACAUUUAGUUCACAUUCUACAUGAAAUAAGCAGCACAGUAUGGACUGCUAGCUCCGAGCUCACCCACAUGCCUGGGGACAUCUUAAGAAAUGGAUCCAUCUACUGUAUCAUCCAUCAACCCGUCAAUGAAUCCAACCCAGUGGCGUUCCAUGCGUUUCUCUUCUGCCUCUUAAUGACGUCAUUAUGUCGAUAUAAACCAUCCAUAAUAUGCAGAGAUGUAGUAUAGUAUGAGUCAAUAUUUCCUAGCUUGCUCAUGUAGCCACAACA